CGAACCUGUUCAUCUGCUUCCUGCUCCUGUUGUGUGUGAGCUGCCGGGCUCUCUGAGCUCCAGGAUUCCUGGCCCCUUCCUUCUCACAGCCAUGGCCACCGCCCCAGGGCCGCCCAGGGCCCUGAAGCCCAAGCCUACCCUUCCCUCCCACUACUAUGAAGGUUUUCUGGAGAAGAAGGGACCAAAAGACAGGGAUCCUUUUAGCCUCGACAGAUCCAUUCAGGACAAAACAGUCACGGAUCUCGAGGACUAUAAAAAAUUCUGGGCUGGUCUCCAGGGCCUCACUAUCUAUCUCUACAAUAACAACCGGGACCCCCAGUAUGUGGAAAAGGUGGACCUGAGAAACUUUUUGGCACUGACAGAUGAUGCCCCAAGAGGCAGCAGCACCAUGGACCCAGGCACUCAGUUCUGCCUGUCAUUGGAAGGUCAGGAGAUCAAAUUCAAGGUGGACAGCCUGGAGUCUCGGGAGAUGUGGAAGGGUUUCAUCAUGACAGUGGUAGAGCUGAAGGUCCCAUCCAAUCUGACCCUGCUGCCAGGACACAAAUACAUGAUGGCUGAGGCCCUGACCAAGGAAAAGGAUCGCCGGGCCCAUGAGAAGCCCCCCUGCUUCCUGAAUGUGAGUCGGGUGGAGGCGCAGCUGCUCCUGGAGAAACACCCAGACUGCGGGAACAUGCUACUGCGGCCCGGGAGCGACGGUUCGGGAGGAUUCUCCAUCACUACCCUCCAGAUACUCAAUGGGGCGGAGGUGGUGAAGCACUACAAGGUGAAGCGCGAGGGGCUAGGCUACGUCAUCGACGUGGAGGAGCCGGUCUCCUGCUCUUCUCUCCAUGACGUAGUGAACUACUUUGUUUCCAACACCAAGGGGGCUUUGGUCCCCUUCAGCCCAGAUGAGGACUAUGAGAAGGUCUUAGGGUUUGUGGAGGCCAACCAGGAGAAUGGAGAGAGCACAUGGACAGUCCCCAAGCUUCCAGCCCCCCGGGUGCCAGGAGAUGCCAAACAGGGCCAGCAGUUACCUGGCCCAGGCAAGCCACCCUGGUUGUCCACACCUCUGCCACCUGUGCCUGUUCAGGAUGAGAACUACAUUAUCCCCAUUGGUGAUGAGCCCACAACCCAAUAUGUGAAUGAAGAUGAAAUGGCCCAAUUCUGCCGUCUGAAGGCUCCUGCAUUGCCCGUGCACCGCCUGGCUGGCCCCAAACCCAAGAAACAAGGGAAGCCGCUGCCCAAAGUGCCACCCGUGACCAACAAGGCCAAGACAGAGCCCAAGGGCCUUGGUGGCCUCAAGAAAGCUGGCCCAGGCGCUUCAGUGCCAAAAUCUCCUUUUGGCACGUCCAUCUCCUCAGAUAUCACUGAGGAGCUGGAAAGGAAGCUGCAGCAGCGGAGAGCCAACCUAGAGGACUGACGCCGACCAGAUCUGUGGACAUGGCCUUGGGAUCAGGGAAGCCAGGCCCUCCUUUGGGCCCCGCCUCCAGCGGAUGCUGCCCCGGACGCCUCUUCCUCUUUUUGCUCCCUCCAGUUUUAGCCCUUUAGCAGGUGGGGCCCAUCUGGAGGUCCCCUCCUCUCAGGACACCUCAUUCCCUCAACGUGGAUAUUAAAGCUAAAGGAAUGCAAUGA